AUGCAGUUCGAAGCCUUCUGUGCAGGGGGCCUGGCCCCUGGCUGGAGCCUGCUGGUCCAGGGACACUCUGACUCUGGAGAGGACAAGUUUGAGAUCAACUUCCUGUCCGAGGCGGGGGAGAUUGCCUUCCACGUCAAGCCCCGGUUCUCCAGCGCCACCGUGGUGGGCAACACGUUCCAGGGGGGCCGCUGGGGCCAGGAGGAGGUGUCCAGCGUCUUCCCGCUGGUGCUGGGGGAGCCCUUUGAGAUGGAGGUCAGCUCAGACGCGGAGCACUUCCACGUCCACGCCCAGGAGCACAAGGUGCUACAGUUCGCACACCGCCACAGGCCGCUGGCGGCCAUCACCCGGGUGCAGGUGCUCAGUGACCACCGCCUGGCCCAGGUGGAGCUGGCCAGAAGGGACCUGAGCUGGUGGUAA